AUGACAACCGCACAGGAAGAACAGGCCUUAAUCAGAGACAACCCUCAACUACAAUCCUACUAUACUUCUCUCGAAUCCAGAAUCGGAUAUCGCCUUCUUCUCGGCGGAACGCGUCAUUUCGGAUACUACGACCAUGACACCAGCUGGCCGUUUCCCUUGAGUCGCGCACUGCGUGCCAUGGAGGAUAGACUGGCGGAUGCGUUAGACCUUCAACAGGGUGCCUAUGUCCUUGAUGCAGGAUGUGGUGUCGGUCACGUCGCAAUCCAUCUGGUCACCAAGUACGGCUUCAGAAUCCAAGGCAUCGAUAUUGUCGAUCAUCAUCUCCUCAAAUCUCAGCGGAACAUUGUCCGACACGGUCUCUCGGACGACCAAUUCGCUGUGCGCAAGAUGGAUUACCACCACUUGGACGGCUUUGCAGACAGUGUCUUUGAUGGCGUGUAUACAAUGGAGACCUUUGUUCACGCUACAGACCCCCAGGCGGUCCUGCGGAAUUUCUUUCGCGUCUUACGGCCUGGCGGUCGCAUUGCGCUGUUCGAAUACGACCAUGAACUGGUCGAUGACCCAGAGGAAGCAAUGGCUCUGUCGAUGAAGAAGAUCAACGAGAUCGCAGCCAUGCCGACCAACAGCGUCUCCCAGCCUGGAGUCUUCCAAGCAAUGCUGGAAGAUGCCGGGUUCACCGACGUCGUUGUCCGCGACUAUUCUCCCAAUAUUCAACCCAUGACACGGUUUUUCUAUCUGCUCGCCUAUAUUCCUUUCAUCAUUGUUCGUUUCCUCGGCUUGGAACGCUUCUUCAUCAAUACCGUCGCAGGAGUGGAGUCUUAUCGUGGUCGUCAACACUGGCAUUAUGUGGCCAUUUCAGCUUCAAAACCAGCUUGA